AUGAGAAACCUUUCGGCCUUCCGUCGGUACUCCGAAGCGUGCUACUCGAGUAUCGCUGGAUUUGCCACCUUGAUCCAGGACGAGCACAAGAUCGAGGCACCGCCCGAUGCGGUGGCCACCCCUCGUGGGUCGACUGACCUCUUCUCCUUCUCGAGUGAGAUUCCCGACUGGCGGGGCGCCUGCGCCUCCGUUGACCGCGCCGACCUCGAGGUCGAGCAGGCCGAGCUCGAGCGGAGUGACCAGGCAUCGGCGACCCGCAGUGCACUCGCCACGUCGCCGCACUGCGGAGAGAGCGAGGCACCCGACAUGGACACGAUCGGCAGCGCUCCCUGGUACCGCCUUGUGGGUUCCCUCGUGCUCGAGUCCGGGGAGCCACCCGGCUGCUGGGCCGCCCCUGGCAUGGAGCGCGCGGACCAGGCGAUCAGCGUGGACCAGGCGAUCAGCGUGAACCAGGCGAUCAGCGUGGACCAGGCGAUCAGCGCGGAGAUCAACACGGCCGAGACGAACACGGCCGGCAGCUCUCCCCUCCUCAUCGGUGCCCUCAUGGGGUGCCUGGGCUUCUCUGUCGUGGCGCUGUCGUGGAGCGGCUCCUCGGCCAGCAAGACUGGCCCCGACAAGGUCGACGGCCAGAAGCGCUCGAGGCGCGCCAAGGAGAACGAGGUCGUGGCACUGACUGGCAGCACUCAGAUCUUCUUCUUCUUCUUCUACUUUGUCGCAAUGGUCGGCUUGUGCGGCGUGGCCUACGAGGCCUUGAACACUCGGGGGCGCGGCGCCAUGUCGGGUCUCCUAUCCGUCAACAGCAUCGUGCCCGACUCGUGUGCGGCCGACGCAGCUUGGCAGGCCCGGAGGCUGGUCGAGACGGGCCUCGUCGGCGCGGGAGCCUUGCGGCUCGGGCGAGUCGCCUCGCUCCAGCCACCCGCCGCCCAACUCCGCGUGGCCGCCGCGGCGCUGCUCGUGGGCAGGGCGGCCGCGUCGCCGCUCUCUCCGACGCCUCUUUUACCCUACAACAACGAGACGGGAUGGUCGACGCUCUGGAGCAGGACCGGCGACCAGGGCGACGAAAGGCGCGACGCGGCGGUCGCCCUGCCCGCCUCGGCGACGCAGGACCGGUUCAACAGCCGGACGGGGUCGGGCUACAGGUCGGACAUGGCGCUGAACGACCUCCGCGACUCGGUCAACAACCAAACCGGCAAGCCUGGCGACCUCGUCGUCGAGCUGCCAGAGGGAGCCCGCCUCGAGUGGGCCGUCUGCUCGCAGCUUCGCGUGCACUCCGUGCACAUGACUCUGCGGAGCGUGGGCGCCGGCGCAACCCUCGACGCCAUGAACUGCUCCCGCCACUUUGACGUCGCCUUUGGCGGCACGCUCGAGCUCGAGCGCGUGCACCUCGUCAACGGCGAUGGCGAUUGA